AUGCGGACCGCUAUCGUUGCCCUUCCGUCGGAAUACUUCAUGAACUGCGAUGACGCGGCUGGAGAUGCGCCGUGCCUCAACGACGAUGCCGCUCGCACCCUUUCUCAGCCACGUCCAAAGCCGCCAACUCAGCGAAGCAGCGAGAAGCUGACCCGGUUUUUACUCCCUCCUUCCAUAGCAGCUGCCGCUGCGGUCUCUCUGCACCACGGCGGUCUGGCCGCUGCCCCCACUACAGCAACCGUGGCCUCUCCCGUCGAAGUGAAGGCGUCAGCAGCAGCAGCAGCGAUCAGCCGUCCCACCGCCAACGAGGUCGAAUCCGCCAUCAAGGACAGAAUGAAGCUCUUCAUCAGCGGCGCCUCCACCGGGCCCACCUACGCACUGCGCGGUGAGCUGGGCCGUGGCAAGUACGGGCGCGUCUUCCUCGUCGAGAACUGUGUGCAGCGCCGUCUGCUGGCGGUUAGAGCAACUUAUGACCCGAACUGGAGCGCCUCUGUUCGUCACACACGCACACGGGGACAGCAGCAACAGCAACUCACGAGACAGUAUGUGAGACGCGCGGGCCUCGAUGCUGCUUCCGCUGCUGCUGACGUCGUGUCUCCCCUUACAGGCGGCCCCAUCAGUGCCGUCAGCUCCCCUCCCACACCACCCUCAACGCACAUCAGCAACGAAGUGGCGUGCAUGCUGGAGUGCAGCUCGCCGUUUAUCGUGCGUCUCGAGGGCGUCGAGAAGGGCGAGCACGGCGAGGACCUGCUGCUGAUGGAGUACGUCGACUGCGGCGACCUCCGCCACGAGAUUCGCCGCCGCCGUGCCAUUGCCCACCACUUCAGCGAGACGGAGGUCGCCUUCAUUUUUCUGCAGCUCUGCAUGGCUGUCGAUCACCUGCACCAGCGCAACAUCCUCCACCACGACCUGAAGCCGGAGAACGUGAUGCUCAGCAGCACGGGCGUCGUCAAGCUCGGCGACUUCGGGUUUGCGCGCAAGUACCCGGAGCCGGUGUGCGACCGCGUGGCCGCCACUGGCUGCGGCACGCCCUACUACUUGAGUCCGGAGGCGCUGCGUGGGGAACGCUAUUCCUUGGAGAGUGAGAUGUGGGCACUGGGCGUGAUCUUGUACGAGCUGAUGGCGCUUGUGGGACCCUUCGUUGCGUCCAAUCGCAACGACCUGCGCCGCAAAGUCCACGAGGCCGAGUACGCCCCUUUGCCGCCUACGUACUCGCAGGCGCUGCGUGGCGUGUGUGUUCAGCUUCUGAGUCAGAACCCGGACCAUCGCCCCUCCGCGCAUGCGCUCUUCACGGAGAACGAGUACCUGCGUGAGCUGUUGAAUGAACUGCGUCGCACCUCGGAAUGCUCCACGAAGAUGACGGCGGAGGAGAAGGGGUCGAUGUUUUACAGCAUCAGUGCGGCGCUGCGUCGGCGCUCGCACGUCGCACCGGGUGGGGUCGCGGCGGGCUUCACGGGGCAGCAGGUGAAGCAGCGGCGCCUCUAG